AAAUCCAGUUCUCUUCUUGUUCAUCAUGCAAAGCGACGAUGUGAUUUGGUCUGUGAUAAAUCACCAGUUCUGCUCUUACAAAGUCAAAACUGCCACCCAAAAUUUCUGUCGCAAUGAAUACAAUGUAACGGGCCUUUGCAAUCGACAGUCAUGUCCAUUAGCCAACUCCAGAUAUGCGACUAUCAGGGAACACGAAGGCAUAUUAUAUCUAUAUGUCAAGACCAUCGAACGAGCACAUUCCCCUGCACACAUGUGGGAGAAGAUAACAUUAUCAAAUAACUAUUCAAAGGCUUUAGAACAGAUUGACAACGAAUUAAUACAUUGGCCGAAUUUCAUGAUCCACAAAUGCAAGCAAAGGGUCACCAAAAUCACUCAAUAUCUUAUCAAGAUGCGUCGUCUACAACUACGGCAAGAGCCCAAACUUGUGGGAGUGAAGAAAAAACUGGACAGACGGGAGACUGUCCGAGAACGAAAAGCUCUUUCUGCUGCUCACCUCGAAAAAUCGAUCGAGAAAGAGCUCAUUGAGCGACUCAAAUCAAAAGCGUACGGUGACGCGCCUCUCAACGUUAAUGAGAGUGUAUGGCAAGCAUUUUUGGAUCGUGAGAAGGGCGACAAAGGAAAGGGCGUAGCUAAUGAGCUUGAGGAUAUGGUCGAUGACGAAACAGAUGAAGAGUUAGAGGAAGAACUUGAGGAAGAGAUGGACGAUUGGGGUUCCAGAGAGUUUGUGAGCGAUAUAAGUGGGGACGAGGAUGACGAUGAAGACGGUUUAAGUGAUCUGGAAGACGUUGUGGAUCAGGGAUCAGGGAGCGAUGAAGAUGUUGAAGAUGGCGAUUCGAAUGAAGAAAACUCUAAACCAAAACCAUCGACGCUGGGGAAGAGGAAAGCCCCAGCUCCAAAAGCACCCAAAAAACGUCCAGAAAAGCGACCAAAGAAAGGGCCACGGGUGGAAGUGGAAUACGAACAGGAAGUGGAGAGCGUACCACUUUCGCUCGCAAAUUGGUAGCUAUGUAUCGUCAGCUUCGUUAUAUACCUGGUACCUGUGCCCUGCCCGAUUCGGUAUUGCAGUGUAGAAGAAUUCAUUCGUCUUCGAAUAUGCAAUAUCGAGCUACUCAGUGUGUUUUCGGCCCUGCAUCUUUCGUUUCAAAUAUGGCGCAACUUCCAUUGUUGUUUCUCAAUAUGCCUCUCGAUUGGUCAAUUAUAGAUUCGAACAGGGUAACCCAUCGAAGUUGACGUUGAUAGUCGCACUGAAAGACAGAAAUGACAGUGACCAUGGUUGUAGGAACUUGCUUUUAUUGGCGCUCAAUAAUUGACUUCCUUUUUCAGCAACGGGUACGUUUACUCAAAUCACCGAUUCAGUUAUACAUCAAAAUCAACG